GCACCUUAAGUGGUUGUAAAAUAACAAGGAACAAGAGAAAGCGGCCCCCGCUUUCUUUUCUCCCUCGUUUUCCGGUGGAGCGAAGAGCGCUGUAAGAAGCAGGGAGGAGAGGAGAAUGCUGGACUGGUUUUUCCCUUCCACCGGCAGGGGCGGAAAUCGCAGUUGAAGCCGGCCAAACUCUCUGCCUGUUAUAAUCACAGAGCUCGGGCUUCUAAACCCAACCCGGCUUUAGAUUUGUCUGCGAUCAGGGGGUUCCCUCUCUCCCCCCCCCCUCGAUUAGGAGUUCAACCAGUUUGAGCGACAGGAAGGGGUUGCUGUGUGUGCGUGUGCCUUGUCUCUUUUUAAAAAAAGCGCCUUCUCCCCUUGCCACCUCCAGCUGUACAUAUAAUUGUUUUUUUUAAUAUAUUUUUUGAAAAGCUGGUCAAAAUACCCAUCCCGAUCCCCGGCUGCCCUCUGGUACCCUGUGCUCCGCUGGGAAGGCAUGGUUUGUCCUGCUCAUUCUGUCCCCGCAACGCCCGUAUCUUCCUCCUGAGCAAGUAGCCUGAGCAUGGCAAACGAGACACACUUCUUCAUAAAAGAUAUAAAGGCCGGACUGAAAAAUCUAAAUGUCGUCUUUAUUGUACUGGAGAUAGGACGUGUUACCAAAACCAAAGACGGGCACGAAGUCAGGGCGUGCAAAGUAGCUGACAAGACAGGAAGCAUCACCAUCUCUGUGUGGGAUGAGCUUGGCAGCCUCAUCCAGCCAGGUGAUAUUAUUCGGUUGACCAAAGGGUAUGCCUCUUUGUGGAAAGGAUGCCUUACGCUUUAUACUGGAAGGGGAGGUGACCUGCAAAAAAUUGGGGAGUUCUGCAUGGUGUAUUCAGAAGUGCCCAAUUUCAGUGAACCCAGUUCAGAUCACCCAGGGCAGCCGAAUAAAGUGGCACAGGGUGAGCAGGCUAAUUCUGGUACUUGUACUUUUGGGCCAACUGGAAAUGGUUUGCCAACUGGACCAGAGUUGAGUGGAUUGUCCACUGCUUAUAAUCAUGCCCCCACCUAUUCAGGUUCUGGGAGGUCUGGCGGACGGGCCCCCACUCCUCUCGCGCCUCUACUGUCUAACAAUGCUCGUCCCUUUCAAAGCACAAUUAGUAACGGGAGGGACCCCCGCAGGGCCUCCAAAAGAUGACCAAACCAAUCACCACCCUGUCCACAUAGCCUCGUUAGCCUACUUGAACACUUGCUGCACUUUUAUUUAUGGUUUACUGUGAAAAUGUUUAUAUUCUUUCUGAUUCUCGGCCUUCCAUUGUCCGGAGGGAGAGACUUUCUCACUUCUCUGCCCCUCCCCUUCUCUGCGCCCCGAUUCAAACUUCAGUGAAGCUACUGAUCAUGCGUCGUCACCCCGGAAAGAAAAUGUGUGGAAAUAUAGAAGCCUAUUUGAAAAUAGAUUUCCUUGUUAAAUAUUAGUUGCCGUUUUCCAAAAGGUGGCCCAGUUUUGGCUGGAUAAGUAUUUUUAUUUUGGGUUUAGUUUGUGUGAUGCAGCCUUAAGAUGCUUAUUUCCUUUCUGCUCCUGGGACUGACACACAUCCCAGUUGGUGGGAGCUUGUGAUAAUUGGGGUGGGGGUGGGGAGGGGAGGGGUAGGAAGAAGUUCCAUCUAACAAGCCAGUUUUUAAUUAAAAAAUUCUUAACAAUAAGUGCAGAUGAACUGUCCAAGCUGGUUGACUUGUUAUUUGGUUGGGAUUGAUCUCACGGCAAGAGUCACAUGUGUCUUGUCAAAAAAAUGUACGAUGAUAAGAAUCCAACUUAUAUAAAACAAACCCCAGAUUUUUACCAGAUAUCCCGCCUUUCAAAAAUGCCGACAGACCUUUAAAUCUCUCAAACAUACAUCUCUGUUUCUUUUAAUCACCAUUCUUGGCAAUUGAAGUUUUUUCAUACUUGAAGUAUCUUAUUUUUCAGAUUAUAAGACACACCUGACUAAGAAGCAUCUAAAUUUAGAAGCGGAAAACAAACAAAGGUUUUUGGCCUCCGUGGGCCCCAUUUUUAGCCUUUUUGGGGGGCCUUUUUCCGGCCCUUUUCCAGACUUUUUUUCUACUCAUUUUCAAGGCCUUUUUUGGUUUUUUUUUUAGGCUUUUUUGACCCAUUUGGGGAGCUUAUUUCAGCCCGUUCUCAAUUUUUUUCCAGCCCAUUUUUUCAGCUUUUUUCAGCCUGCUUUUUCAAGGCUU